AUGUCGACAGCACCCACUCUAUCGCUUCAAAAGACUUCGGUCGCACUGAUUCAGCUGGGCUCGACAUCGUUCGACAAGGCGUUCAACCUCAAGCGUGCACGCGAUGCAGUGUUACGGGCAGCAGCCACGCGUCCGGGUGCAACCGCCUCGAUCUCGGCCCCCGUGGGCAUGGUGGUGCUGCCCGAAUGCUUCAACUCGCCAUACGGGGUGAAGUACUUUGCCGAGUAUGCCGAGUCCUUUGGUGGAGCCUAUCAGAAGAUCAAGAAGCCGCUUCCUUCUGCACUGGCGCGUAUGGGCAAGGGCAAAGAAGAGAUCCGCUGGACCAUCGACGCAUCCACCGAUCCGAGUGCGGAAUCCCGACUGGCGCGCGAAAAGGGGGUCGGCAAACCCGUUGACAUCGACGAGCGUAUCCAGAAGCUGUCGCCGAGUCUCAAAAUGCUUUCCGAGACGGCGCGCGAGGCCAAGGUGGUGCUGGUGGGCGGAAGCGUGCCGGAGCGCGACGAUCUGACGGGCAACAUUUACAACUCGUCGUGCGUGUUCAACGAAGAGGGCCAGCUCAUCAGCAUCCACCGCAAGCUGCAUCUGUUCGACAUCGACAUCCCGGGCAAGAUGACGUUCCAGGAGAGCGAGACCCUGGCGGGUGGCGAUCGGGUCACGCUUUUCGACUGCAGCCUCGGCCGCUUCGGACUGGGCAUCUGCUACGAUUUGCGCUUCCCCGAGCCGGCGAUGAUCGCUGGUCGUCUGGGCGCAGGAUGCAUGAUCUAUCCGGGCGCUUUCAACACCACUACGGGGCCCGUGAGCUGGGAACUGCUGCUGCGCGCGCGCGCCACGGAUAACCAGGUGUACACGCUCGGUUGCAGCCCGGCACGCCCGAGCCAGCAAGCCAUGGAUGGCGAGUCCACCGACAAGGACGGCUGGCGUCAGGGCGAAAAGGCGUACCCUGCCUGGGGACAUUCGACCGUCGUCGGCCCGCUCGGCGACGUCAAGGCGAAACUGGCAGAGGAGGAGGAUACGCUCUUCUUUACGCUCGAUCCCGAAGAGGUUGCGCAGACGCGACGAAACAUUCCCAUCAGCACCCAGCGCAGAUUCGACGUCUACCCGGACAUCACCUGCGGAUAG